AUGGCGGUGAAUGGAGGUUAUUGUGGUGGUUCGGACGGUGAUGAUGGAAGUGUGAGGCGGAUUCGACGAAAUCAAUUCCGCCGUGACGAGAUGUUGAGGCGAUUAUGGUUGAUGUUUGUUUUUGGAUAUAUUGUAAUGGAUGAAGUUGACUAUGUCACGGAGGAUGGAUACAUGCAUCACAUCGGGGAUGGGAAGAGUGACACUGAAAUCGGUGGCUGCAUUGUCUUCGAGAGAAUGGACGCGAAGCUCAACGAAGCACUGUGUCUCGCCAAUUCACUUGAAGACCAACGCGAUGGUUAUUUCCAUACCGAUUUCUUCGAUAAGCCUUUACCCCCUCAUGUACUUGUUCAGAAUCCUUCGCUUAAAGGUCAUAAGCCUCGUGCAGAUACUUAUUUUGGACCUGGAACGGUUGAUACUAUCAAAUGCCAUCUAAAUGCUGCUGAAACGAAGGGUGAAGUGGAUGCUGUUUUUGUUAAUGCAACACUGUCUGGUAUUCAGCUUCGAAAUAUGGAGAGGGCUUGGAGUAAACCUGUGGUGGACCGUGUUGGUCUUAUAAUUGAGAUUUUCAAUGCUCAUGCAUACACUAAGGAAGCUAGGCUCCAGGCUGAACUUGCAGCUCUGUCGUACAAGAAGUCGAGACUCGUUCGUGUUCUUGGCCCUGGUGGUCGCUACACAUUUGGUGCUUCUGGAGAAGCUGAAGUUGUUAGUGCUCGAGGGAGAGGAGGUGGGGGCCAAGGUUUUAUGAGCGGUGCUGGAGAAACUGAACUCCAACUUCAGCGGCGAAGAGUCUUAGAAAGGAGAAAUUAUUUACUAACGCAAAUUGAUGAGGUUCGUCGUACCCGUGUUGUGCAACGUGCUGGUCGGAAGAGGCAUGGGGGUUCGUCUGGUCAUCGCUUAGCCACCGUUGCUGUCGUUGGGUAUACAAAUGCUGGAAAAUCUACAUUAGUUAGUAAUCUAACGGACAGUGAUCUGUAUAGUGAUUGUCGACUAUUUGCUACCGUGGAUCCUAGGUUAAGAAGUGCAGCUCUUCCUUCAGGGAGGAAAGUGCUUUUUAGCGACACUGUAGGAUUUAUAUCUGAUUUGCCUGUUCAGGUUGGUUUGUUGAUUUGUUCUACUUUCAUUGGCUCUGAUAGAUACAUCCAGAAUUUCUCUGGUUUACGACUAUGUCUGCGGGUGACGAUGACUAGCUGCAUAAGUCUUGGUUCGAAUGCAGCCCGUGUUGCUGGGAAUUUCAGGUCUUACAUUGUUGAAGGCCUCUGA